AUGGGCAAUUCAUAAAAAAAUGAUUCGAAACUAAUCUCCACUGCUUGGUUAGGUGUAAAUGUAAAAUGCAAAUCCUAAUAUAGGAUGAUUGGACCUCUAUUAUGAAAGAAAGAUUAUCUCGCAUUUCUGAAGAAUGGGCUGUUCCUUCAAUCAAAUGCUUGGAUAGAUUUGUUUAAAAUGAGCAGAAAAAAUUUAGAAAUAAAAUUAAACUAAUUUGUAUUUUUGUGUCUUAUGAAUAGUAACUAAAACAAUGAAAGAUGAGUAAUAUGAUAAGCUAUUACAAUCAAGUUUAGUGUUUUUGUAAAUUCAUUUCAAUUUAUUAUGUUGUUUUUAGAAAAACUAAUGAAUAUCUUCGUUAAGAUUUGCAAUCAAGCACCGGAACAAACGAUCUUACCAUCUCCACUAAUUAUAAUUCAAGUAAUAACUUAUGAAUUAGCAUAGUUGGUAAAAUAAAUGAUAGUCAAUCCAUAUCAUCGAAAAUCUUGGACAGUAUGUACCCUGAAAAUCAAAAUUCUUAAGUAUCAUAAUUCUAUGUGUUUUUAUCUUGUAUUAACGAUGCCCUAAGUCACCAAAAGCAUCCAUUUAUUCAUAUCAUGAAUUUCUUUAAAGAAUGGGCAAUAAAUUAAUUAAUUAGUAUGAAAGAUCCUCAAAAUACUCCCCAUUAAUUAAAAUUAAAACUCCAAAAAUUCUAGAGCUCCUCUGAUCUAUUUUUGAAUUUUCUCGUGUUUUCCUUGAAUGAGUAUUUGGGAGAUUUUAGAGAUCAUAUAAGUGAAGAAGGGAUAUUUAAAUACAUCAAAGACAAAUAAAAUUAUUAUAAUUUAUUUUUAGAACAUGUAAUAAUUCAAAACUUAUUUAUUAUAGACAUUUGAUGAUACAUUAAUGACUCAUUUGAUGGAAGUGCUCAAUUACUUACACAAAAAUAAUAAUAAUAAUUUUAUUGAAAAAAUAAAGCAUAUUAGAAAAAAACCAGAUUUUUUUGAGAUUCCUAAAAAAUAUCAAACUCAAGAAACACCUUUCAUUUAAGAAAUCUCUUGUCUAAAUGAGGUCCAAUAAUUAAAACGCCCAACUGCCAUAUUUUGCUGCUUCACAAAAACAUAUUUGAUGAUCAAGGAUCAUUUGACUAGAUCUGCUUCUAAUUUUUUGUUUUUCUAAGUAACCAAUUAUGUAAUUGUGCAUUCUAAUAUUGAAAAUUUUCAUGCGCUAUUACAUUUACUAGAGCUCUUCUACAUUAACUCGCCUAUUUUACUUAAAUAUAAUUAAUCCUUGGAAUUCAUAUAAAAUAUUAUAAUUUCUUGA